UUGUGGUGGUGGAUAUGGACAAGCACUGGUAGAUCCUUGCGUGCCAGUGUACAUUCUGGAUGGCAUGUAUGGUUCAACGACACCGUACUAUUACAAACAAAGGAUUGAGUCAACCCUUAACUUUAACCGGUCUAGCGAGAAUGCAGUUACAUUAGCCCCUCCAAUCCAUCUUGAGGUAUCAAGCCAAGACAAUAGUUUCGACUGCGGAGUACGCACACUGCUUAAUUUGCGAAAAGUUUUAGUGAAUCCGCGCCAAUUCCUAGAUCAGCCCGUUGAACCAACUGCUCAGAAUAUAUGUAACGAGAGAACACGAAUCCACUCAUUCUUCAACUUCUGUUGGAAUGCAGUGAAGCAAGAUCGGACCUCUAUGGACAGUGGUAUUACAUUAGAAGAUGUUGCUGUCGAAUCAGACGGUUUUAACAUCUUGGAGGAAGACAAGAGCAAAUCCAGUAUUGUGGACCUGAACCAGGAUUUCAAAUGUACGAGAGAGACCGUCGAUGACUAUAUCAGUUUGGGUGCGGAUUCAGAAGCAAGAUCUACUACAGGAUCAGAAUAUGAGACAGAUAUGUUCCUGACUGAUGGUAGUAUCUCAAUAAAGGAGUUGUAUAAAUACGACAGAGUUAAGAACAUCCGGAGAAGCACGAGUUGGUCUGAGCUCAAUGAAACGUCCGGGUGGCAGGAUAACCUCCGAGUAAAGAACUCGUGGAUAAACUUACCCACAGGUUCCAAAUCAGCUCUAAAAGAGAGAGGGUGGAGGUGCUAUCACGUGUUAUCCCUUCUAUGACAAUAGAUGAAAGAUCAACAUUUUUAGAGGGUUUUCUCCAAGAUGACAUGGCCGACUCCAAAAACAUUCAGCUACUACAGAAUUUGAUUUCUCGUGUAAAUCCUGGAAGUCUCAGAGAAAGCAUAUCACGAGCAGACAGAUACAGAGAAGAAUAUGGAAGGUAUGUUAAUUCAUUCAUUCGG